GAAAGUUCGCAAAGGGCGAAAGAACGCAUUUACAACCCGCUACAGCUACAUACUCGCUACUCUGAUAAUAUUACACAGAAACACAGCAGACUCCCUAUUUAUUAUUCACUGAAACAGAGAAAUAAAUACAAUGGCUAAAGGCGAAGGGAGCGAGCAGUACUCGAACACCAAUUUGUUACAAAACAAACCAUUGAAUGAAGAUGACGUAAAAUUAGCAACUAAGAGUGACCGAGGCGACAGGCUGUCUGUGUGCAAUAAGAUCUGCUAUGCUGUCGGAGGUGCUCCCUAUCAGAUCACAGGAUGUGCCCUGGGGUUCUUCCUGCAGAUCUACCUGCUCGAUGUGGCUCAGCUGGACCCGUUCUACGCCUCCAUCAUCCUUUUUGUGGGCCGGGCCUGGGACGCUGUCACUGACCCCACGGUGGGCUUCCUGGUCAGCCGAAGCCGCUGGACCCGAUUCGGACGCAUGAUGCCCUGGAUUUUGCUCUCCACUCCAUUUGCGGUGGCCUCCUAUUUUCUCAUCUGGUACGUGCCGUCGUUUGACCAAGGCAAGGUGAUCUGGUACCUGCUCUUCUAUUGCCUCUUCCAGACACUGCAGACGUGUUUCCAUGUGCCCUACUCAUCCCUCACCAUGUUUAUCAGCUCUGAGCAGAAGGAGAGAGACUCUGCCACUGCUUACCGUAUGACGGUGGAGGUCCUGGGCUCUGUUUUGGGCACGGCUAUCCAGGGUCAGAUUGUGGGGGGUGCCAACGUCCCGUGCAUUCAGAGUGCCCUGGACCUGGGCAGGGGGGUCAACGCCACAGUGUUCCUGCCAGAGGUCAACGUCACCCAGGACUACACCUCCCUGGACGAACUGGAGCUGCAGAAAAAUUCCUACAUGAUUGCGGCAGGUGUGAUCGGCAUCAUUUACAUCGUGUGUGCUUUCAUUUUGUUCUUUGGCGUACGGGAAAGAGCAGACCCCACCGCUCUCCGGACGCAGAAGCCCAUUUCCUUCUUCCAAGGCCUGCGUUUGGUGAUGGGGCACGGGCCGUACGCCAAGCUGGUCAUGGGCUUCCUCUUCACGUCCUUGGCCUUCAUGCUCUUGGAGGGAAAUUUUGCUCUUUUCUGCACCUACACUCUGGGAUUCCGGAAUGACUUUCAGAACAUUCUUCUGGCCAUCAUGGUCUCCGCUACCCUGACCAUCCCUUUCUGGCAGUGGUUUCUGACCAAGUUCGGAAAGAAGACAGCAGUGUACAUUGGGAUCUCGUGGGUGAUCCCCUUCAUGAUUGUGAUCGUCUUGAUCGAGAGUAACCUCAUCGUGACCUACGUGGUGUCCGUGGCAGCUGGGAUCAGCGUGGCCGCAGCCUUCCUCUUGCCCUGGUCCAUGCUUCCAGACGUGAUUGAUGACUUCAAGAUCUGUAACCCCCAGUCCCAAGGGCACGAGGCCAUCUUCUACUCCUUCUAUGUCUUCUUCACCAAGUUUGCCUCCGGAGUGUCCCUGGGCAUCUCCACACUCAGUCUAGAUUUCGCAGGGUACCUGACGCGGGGCUGCUCACAGCCGGACGCAGUCAAUCUGACCCUGAAGAUGCUGGUGUCCCCUGCGCCCAUCGCGCUCAUCAUCCUGGGGCUCGUCAUCUUCAAGCUGUACCCCAUCGACGAGGAGAAGCGGCAGGAGAACAAAAAGAUUUUGCAGGAUAUGUGGGAUAACGAACACGACUGUGAGAUAAACUCCAGUAUAGUGUAAAGAGACCGGAGUCGUCUCUCUCUCCCGGGGUUUACACUGGGCUGCAGCACGCAGGAACAACAGCAAAAAAACUUGGCGUGACUGAGCCUGCCUUGACACAUCGAGAGAACCCCAGGCUUUGCAGGCCUGCCGUUCAUGGAUCAUUACAAUCUGGGAUCUGAAAACUCCUGGGAGCUUUACAAGCCUCCAAGGGGCUACACUGCAAGGACUGUCUAUCUGCACAAGCCUGGGAUGGACCUCGACUGAAAUCUAAUGGGUGCACUUGAAUUGAACUGAUGUGACAAAGUCUGAAUCCCGGAUGAAUUGGGAUAUUUACUGUUUUACAAUAAGUAGCUUCCGUGAACAAAUGUGAAAAAAAGCCCUUAUUUAUUGGGGUGAGGUGAUGGGCGGGGGAGUUUAAUAUAUUUAUCAUUGAGUACAGUACACUGAUGGAACCUAAAAGCUGCUCAUCACUCUGGACUCACCAGUAAGAUCUCCACAGUCCAGGGAAUUUCCUCCUUGGGUUUAAGAUCACUAAUUUAUGCAAUAAAAGACCUGAGAGAUUCGUAUCUAACUGGAUAAUCUCCUCAGGGCAGCCUUGAAUCAAACCCCUUAAUGCCUUACCCUUCAGCUGUUACCUGUAAUACUUCAUUCACAGACAGUGAAGUCUCUUCAAUACUACUGCAAAAUACACUAGACUCAGGGUUUAAACUAACUAGCAGCUAUAUGACAAACUGUACUGAAGCAGUGUUAAACAGACACCCGCCCGUGCUGGAUUACACCAAGAGGCUUUUUCAGGUCUUGCUAGUCUUACCAGCAGUGGUUUUUAAAUCACAGAGACAACCUUUAAUAAUAAUAAUAAUAAUAAUAAUAAUACGGGAGGUGGUGCUGGUGAGAGUAAUUGAUUGCUGCUCCAAGCUCAAUUAUUUAUGUGUUAAAAGAUUUGCUGCUGUUUUUAACCUACAGUACAGCGACAACACAUCCGGGAAACAGAGAGUCCCUGAAAUGGCUAGUGUCCCAUUUUGUUGUUAGUUAUUUAUUUGUUUUUCUCACUUAGUACCGUACGGACCGUAUUCUCAAAGACGUUUACUCCUAAUGAGAAAAGCACCUGCUGAUGAACCAAACCAGCAGAGCACCCUCUCCCGUCCUGUCCUGUAGUUAUCACGGGAGUCUGUUUACACUAAUGCUCCUGUCCGUAUUUCAUGUCAUGUUUACAGUUCACGUCGUACAUGCAAGGAGCCCUGUACAGCAUAUCAGUAUUGCUAAUGAGCACCGCUUCUGUGUGCUGUUGAGAGUUGCUUUAUGUGGGUCCCAAUUAUCAAUCUCUAAGCGUGGACUGAAAUCCCAAAACAAGCACUUAUGAAAUAUUAAUGUUGCGCUACAAGCAAAGCUCUUGUACAGACCUGAAUACAAUGAAUGUUAAUCUUCA